GGGAAUGAUGAAGAAGAUGCGUGAUGACACGCUACACAAUGUCCACAAACUCGUAGAGGAUAUCGCCAACUCUGAAAGCUCCGACGCAAACGAGCAAAAGAUCGGGAUUUUUUGGCGAGCGGCGAUGAACCUGGAGCGUAUUGAAGAGUUUGGGUACUCUCCGCUGAAGCCUGUGUUUGAAGAUAUUGAUCAGGCAACGAACAAGAAAGAGUUCAUGGCUCUGGUCGCCAGAAUUCAUCGUCUUGGCCUGGGUGUGUUUUUUGGCUUUGGACCAGAGAGUGACAUGAAGGACAGUCACUCGACCAUCCUGUGGGGUGGGGAGGGCAGUUUGGGCCUAGGUUCACGCGAGUACUACUUUGACGACGACAAGGGGAGUUGCAAUUCAACGACACUUUCUAUUCCAAAGACUGUGUAGUUAACUAGCGCUUGGGUUCCGAUCUCACAGUAGAAGUUAUGAGUUAGUCCAGCUAGUUUGUAUGUAUAUAUAGUGACAGUAGUUAUGAGUUGGUUUA